AUGUCAGCGGGCAGCCAGAGCACCAGAUGCCGGGACAUUCCGGCCGUGAGGCGGGUGGCCAUUCACGAUGCAGCCCACAUGCCCCAGGACUAUUCCACGACCCCGGGAGGGACCCUGUUCAGCACCACGCCUGGAGGAACCAGAAUCAUCUAUGACCGUAAGUUCCUGCUGCAGUGCCGGAGCUCACCUCUGACCCGGACCCCUCCCAGUUUGCCUGACAUCCCAGGAGUUACCCGCCCCAUCAAGCCCGACUCUGAGCCCCCUGUCAACAACAAUCAUGAUCUGAUCCAGGAGGAGGAUGAACCUGCAGCAGAAGAGGCCCAGUUUGAAAUGGACAUCUGA